AAGAUGUUUUGGAGAAUGAGGGAAAGUCAGGCACAAAGGGAAACCAGGGAAGCAAAGGGCCCCGCAGUGAAGCUGGUGGGCUGCCGUGUCAGAGAGCCCAGGGCAAGGAGCAGAGCUCAGAAGUAGUGCUGGCCCGGGCGCGGUGGCUCACACCUGUAAUCCCAACACUUUGGAAGGCUGAGGCAGGUGGAUUACUUGAGAUCAGGGGUUCAAGACCAGCCUGGCCAAAAUGGUGAAAACCCAUCUCUACUAAAAAUACAAAAAUUAGCGGGACUUGGUGGCAUGUAUCUGUAAUCCCAGCUACUAGGGAGGCUGAGGCAUGAGAAUUGUGUGAACCCGGGAGGCAGAGGUUGCAGUGAGCUGAGAUCACGCCACUGCACUCCAGCCUGGGGGACACAGCGAGACUCCCUCUCAAAAAAAAAAAGUUGGGCUAGGCGGGCCCCCGAGGCUGGCCUGACUGUCCCAGGGGCACAGGCUCCUGCAGGCUGCCUGUCUGUGGUCCAGGCUUCAGGAACCCCCUGGUCUUGGGUGUGCGGGGGCUGGGAAGUGGCUGGGGGUGCACAGUCCCACACCUGUCAUUCACUGAACAGGCACGUAUUGACAGCUUGUGGCGUGUCAGGCCCUGUGCCCAACUCUGGGAGUCAAGGGUAACCUGACAGACUCAGGCCACUUUAGGAAAACGAAAUCCACCCCAACCACACUUAGCGAGUCGCCCUGGCCGGGCCUGGGCUGCCCUCCAGUCGGUCAGCUGGACUGGAUUUCCAGGCGGCCGAGCCCUACGCCUUCCAGACCCUGAUCUCCAGUCUGCACAGGCCAGGUGUCUGGAGCCGGGCCUGGUGACAGGCAUCCCCCAGGUGGGAGGAGGGGCUGUCCUGGCUCUGACCUGGAUAUCAGAUCCAGAGCUGAGGGGGAGGCGCAGGGUCAGGAGGGGAGGGGUUCUGUUCUGUGUUUCCCCUGGCCAAGGCUGCAGACAAGGGGCGCAGACAAUCGGCACAUUGUGAGCAGGGGCUGCAGGAUGGAACCAGCAAGCUGCUGCUCUGAGCGCCCCAAACCUGGGCCUACAGGGGUGAGUGCCUCCCGUUACUCCUGCAGCAAGGACCCAGGGGGUGCCCCAGGCCACCCAGCCCCUCCCUUCCCCAGCCCACUUGCUCCCUGAUGUCUAACCCUCAUGACCCUUCUGACCCUGAUGCACGCCCAGGUGAAGACCAAGCCCUCCUGCGGGGGCUGGAGAGCCGUGGGCCUGCUCCUGCUGCUGCUGCUGCUGCUGCUGGUGCUGGCCGCUGUGGGGGUUGUGGCUGGAGGGUUUCUUGGUUCUGCUCAGGGCCCUCCCAAGGUGAGCCCCUCCUCAGCACCAGGGACAUGGACAGUGGAAAGGGGGAAGGGAAGCUGGCAUAUCCCAGCCUCCAGCAGAGUAAGGGUGCGGAGCAGGCAGUGACACCACCUAGGAGCAGACAGCCAGAGGACCAAGGGGUGGAAGGGCCCACUCAGGGAUGUCAGGAGUCCUGCAGCCCAGAGCUGGAGGCUGUGCUGGGGUUGCCCAGCUGCCCGGCUGAACUCCAACUCCCACUGCCAGCCAAGGCUGCAGACGCUGCGAAUGACCCUCCCGAGCCCCCACAUGCCCCGGCCCAACCAAACCAUCCUGGUGGACGUGGCCCGGAACGCGGCGACCAUCACAGUGACCCCACCUCAGAGCAACCACAGCUGGGUGGUGCUGUUCGACGGGCAGAGCGUGAGUGGGCAGGGAGGGGUCACCCUCGCAGGUGUCGGUCUGGGGGGCCCCGCCUCACCCCCCUGCCUCCCCAGGGCUGCAUCUGUUACCGCCCUGAGGAGCACCAGGUCUGCUUCCUCCGCCUGAUGGAGGACAGUGAUCGGGAGACCCUGCGGCUGCUGGUGGAUACCUCCAAGGUCCAAGAGGCUUGGGUCCCCACCCAGGACACCCACCAUACCCAGGAGCUGCUGGCAGUGCAGGGGAGCCUCAAAGUGGACCCCGCCCAGGUGGGGGCUUUGGUGCAGCGCCUGUGCAUGAGGACCCCCAUCUACUGGGUCCGGCGAGCAGAGGGGCCCCGGAGACAGCGGCUGAUUUAUCUCUGCAUCGACAUCUGCUUCCCGAGCAACAUCUGCGUGUCGGUCUGCUUUUAUUACCUCCCAGACUGAGCCCCCGACCUGGCCCGUCCCCAAUCCAGUGGGCUGGCCAGGCCACCUGCACCAGGGAGGACAGCUGCCGGCAGGGACUAAUAAACCCUUCCACCUGG